AUGGCGUCGAAGAUAAAGCGCGACGAGCACGCGGACGGAAUCUCCGUCGUCGCGUUCGGCCCGGAAGGCACUCUCGCGCACCGGCGAUUAUUCUUCGAUGACGACAACGACUUUAAGAUUAUUUCCCCCUGGCACGACGUACCGCACCGCGCUGCGGACGACGGAUUUAAUUUCCUCUGCCACACGCCGAAAGGCACGUCAGCGAUAGUCGAAGUCGCGAAAGACGAGGAUUACAACCCUAUCCGCCACGUGGCGCGAGACGGCGCCGCGGCGCGCUACACGGCUACUGCCACGUGGAACAUCGGUAUUGCGACGCAGACGUGGCAGGAUCCUAAGGAUGAAUGCGACGUGGGUAACGGCCGGGUGCUGCCAUUCGCCGGCGAGCCCGUACGCGUUAUAGAGAUCGGCGGCAUGGUAGCGAAACCGGGACAGUUGUACUCGGUGAGGCCGCUGGGCGCGUUCGCGAUGAUUCGCGAAGACGAAGGGACGGCUUCGUGGACGGUUAUCGCUCUUUCGUCAAACGACGCGUGGGAGCAUCUGCUGAAGAAUAUGGUUGACCUGCAACGAGAGAAGCCGGGCGAAAUCGAACGACUGAAAAAGUGGCUCCUAACAGCUGAUUCAUCCCAUCCCACAUCCCUAGGUUUCAACGACCAACCCCAGCCGCGCAAGGCCGCUGUCGCCGCUCUGUCCUUCGCCCACGCCUCGUGGAAAGCCAAACGUGACGUGUUGGCUCGGUUCCCGAACCUAGACCUCCCGUCCGGCGACAACGCCGAAGCUCCUCCCGUGCCUGAGGUGCUCCGGGAAAUCUGGGAGCCUACUAUUGAGUGGUAUUUAGACGAGGCGGGGACUACUAUGGAAGAGUGUAUUAAAGCUGCAAAACACGAGGCAAAACAUGAGGCAGCGACACAUGGGGUUGUGCAUACGGUGGGGGGUAUUGCGAGCUCUGUUGGGGAAUUGCGCGGAAGCUUCGCGCAUUCCAUCAGCAAGGGGGUUAGCAGCAGCAGGAAGGGGCUAGUUGGCGGAAUCACCCACACGGUAGGGGGUAUUGCGGAUAUCAGUGGGGGGAUCAGGGGGGGGAUUAAGGGUGCGGUGGGAGGGAUUGGGGGGGCGGUGGGGGGAAUAGGGUCACGUUUGGGGAAGAGCAGGAAGGGCAUGGGUGGCAUGGGCUCCUUUGCUGCUAUAGGAGGGGGGCUUUCUAAGAUUGGCGGCGCGGCUAGCGGGUUAACUAGUGCCGUUUCAUCUGCUCGUGAGAAAGCGGUUUCAUCUGUGAGAGGAGCAGUGGGAGGCGCGGUUACAACUGUUGGAGGGGCAGUGGGAGGGGCGGUUACAACUGUGGGUGGUAAGGUUGGCGGUGCGGUUACAACUGUUGGUGGGGCAGUAGGCGGUGCUGUUACAACAGUUGGUGGUAAAGUUGGCGGCGCAGUUACAACUGUUGGUGGGGCGGUGGGCGGUGCAGUUACAACUGUGGGUGGUAAAGUUGGCGGCGCAGUUACAACUGUCGGCGGGGCAGUGGGAGGGGCGGUUACAACUGUUGGUGGGGCGGUAGGCGGUGCAGUUACACGUGUGGAAGGAGCUGUAACGGGAGGCUCGGGAAGGGAUCUAGAGUCUUUCCAGGAUAGGGCCAAGCGACAGAGGGAGCUGUUUCUACAGAGAUUGAAAAGGGGGAAGGAGGAAAGUGCGGGGAAAGUGCAGGAAGGGGAGGGGGUGGUGGGAGGAGGGGGCGUGGGAGCAGGUGGGAAGGAAGGGGGGUUGAAGGGUGAGGAGAGGGAGAAGAAAGAGGAAGAGGCGAAAAAGGUGGAGGAUAAGGAGGAGAGAGAGGAGGAUGAGGAGAAGGAGAAAAGGGUGGAGGAAAAGGGGGAGGAGAAGGAAAAGGUGAGGGAGGAAAAGAAGGAAGAGGGAGAGGAUGGGGCGGGAAAAGGAGGGGAGGGAGCAGCGGGGGAACGAGGGGAAGCGGAGGGAGCAGAGGGAGCAGGAGCAGCAGGAGCAGCAGGAGCAGCAGCAUUAACGUCAGUAGAAGCAACAUCAGAGGCAGGGGAAAGAGCAGGAGAAGGAGCAGGAGAAGAAGAGGAGCAAAAGGAACCACUUUCUGAGGAGGACAAAGAGAGGAUUGAGAGGGAGAGAAUUGAGAAAGAGUUGGAAAGGGAAAGGAUUGAGCGGGCAAGGAAACAGAGAGAGAGGUUUAUGAAAGCCCUUGCAAAUAAGAAGCUAGGUGGCAGGGCAGUAUUGCCACCCAAAGGGGCGGCAGGGGCGGCAGCACAGGGGGGGUUUGCAGCUGUGGCAGCCGCAGCAGCAGCAGCAGCAGCGGCAGCAGCAUCGGCAGCUGUGGCAGGGAUUGCAGCUUCGGUGGUGGGUGCUGGGGGGGAAAGGGAAGGAGAGGCGGGAGGUGCAGCAGAUGAGGUAAGCAGGGCAGGAGAGAAGCAGGCAGAGGGAGGGGUGGUGGGAGGGGAGAGGGGAGAGGGGCAACAGCAGGAGCAUCAGGAAAGGGAGCAGGGGCAGCAGGGGCAGCAGGAAGGGAAGAUGAGUGAGGGAGGGGAGGAGGAGGAAGAGGUGCAGGAGGAGGGGAGGGAGCAGCGGUUUGCAUCGGCUGUUGAUAGUGGCACGGAUGGUGCUAGAGCCGGUGCCAGUCCCCUCAAAUCCUCUCCUCCUCCUUCCCUGGCUUCAAACCUGCACCUCAAGCGGUUACCACCGCGACAGCGUAACCGCAGCCUGGACCUGAGCUUCAACUCCUUUGCCCAACCAGACACGCGCACAGAGACAGUAACAGACACAAGCACAGACCGUGGCAUCAGCGGCGGCGGUGGUGGUGGUAUCGGUGACCUGUCGUUUGGGCCGGGUUCGGACUCUUCUGGCUCUUUCGUCACCAUCUCCCUUUCCGGAAGCUCCAAACGCGACUCCCUCUCUCGCGACUCCUUUGCGCGAGAUUCGCUUUCGCGUGACUCCCUGUCGAGGGAUGCACCCGGGUCCUCCUCUCGAGAGUUCGGUGGUUUCUUCUCCGGUCCUGCUUCCGGGCCCCUACGCUCAUCAAGCAGGCGUCAUUCCCUCAGCAGAGAGGAUUUCACACUUAACCCUCUAGAUGCUUCCGGUUCCCCCCUAGCUGGUUCCCCCGAUCUUGCCGGUUCCCCAACCCUCUCCCCCCGACGGUACGCCUCUCCUGUUCACGAGCGCUUGACAGCAGCCGGGAUUCUCAGCAACUCUCCCCGAGGCUCUGGAGCUGGUUCGGCUGGUGGUGCUGGUGCCCGCCUCGGCAGGUUCGACGAAGGCUCCGGCUCGCCGAACCUCACGCCCAGGUCCGGGAGGCCCCCGAGCCCCUUGACCGGCCGAAGCAGCGUGGUAGCUGCGGCGUUGGGCGCAGCAGCGGGGGUGAGAAGCGGAAAGACUUUUGAGUCGCCUCAGAAAUCGUCGGGAGCAGCAGCAGCAGCGGGAGUGAGGAGCGGAAAGACGGGGUUUUCUGGUUUUGCGUCGUCCCCUUCCUUCUCCCCUUCUUAUUCUUCUCCUGCUUUCCAAACCACUCGCGCGUCUGUCUCGUUCGGGUCUUCAGGAAAGGAGAGAAGCGAGGAGCAUGCUAAUGAGAGGGUUAAGGAGCAUACUGAGGAGCGCAGUAACGAGGAUAGUGCGGAGGAUGUUAAGGAGAAUAUUAAGGAGGAUACUGAAGAGGACAAUGAGGAGGAUAGUAAGGAGCGUAAUAUGGGAGAUAUUAAGGAGGAUGGUAUGGAUGAAAUGAAGGAGGAUACUGAGGACGGUGGCUUAGAGGAUACUAAUGAGGAUACUAAGGAGCACACAAAGGAGGAUAUUGAGGAGAAUACCGAGGAGGAUUCUAAGGAGGAUAGCAGUAACAACAUCGAGGAUACUGGGGACCUUGCUAUGGAGGACAGUGCUGCGACUAGUGGCGUUGAUGGGGGUGCUGGGAGUGGUGAGGGUGAUGACAGUCUGUCUCUGCUGCGAGCCAGGACAGUGGGCGAUGAGGGGAAUGGGGGUGACGGGGAUGGUGGGGGUGAUGGGGGUGAUGGGGUUGAUGACAGCCUGUCUCUGCUGCGAGCAAGGACAAUGUCUUCAGUGGAAACACAGGGGGAGAAGGAGAAGAAGCACCGGGAGAAGAAGAAGGAGAAGGGAUCCUCUAAGCACCGCAAAUCGCCGUCGGUUUCGGAGGUUAGUGGUGGUGGUGCCAUUGGGAGCAAGGAGAGUAAUGACGGUAUUGGCAGUGUGAGCUUUAGAAGUGUUGGCAGCCCUGCCAGCAGCAGCACAAGCAGCCAUGGGCAUAGUAGUGUGAGUGGUGAUUUGGAUGCGGCGGCGGCUGCUGCAGCGAAGGAGGCUAGGAGGGCUGCGAGGAAGCAGAAGAAGGCUGAACAGGCUGCUGCUGAGUCAGCAGCUGCUGAGGCUGCUGCUGGUGGUGGUGGUGUUAGUAACGUUAGUGCAGGAGAGGCUGGGGCAGCAGCAGCUGGUGUGGAGGAGGGGCAGGAGAAGAGAAGGAAGGAGAAGGAGAAAGAGAAGAGUGGUGAGGAGAAGGAAGGGAAGGAGAAAGAGGGGAAGGAGAAGGAGAGGAAGAAGAAAGAGAAGAAGGAGAAGGAAGGAAAGGAGAAGGACAGAAAGGAAAAGGAGGGAAAGGAGAAGGAUGGAAAGGAUAAGGACGGGAAGGAGAAGAAAGGAAGGGAGAAGGAACGAAAGGAAGGAAAGGAGGGAAAGGAGGGAGUGGAGAGGAGUAGGUCAAAGAGAAUAUCGCGCGCCUCAGGCGGACAGAGGAGCAAGCUGGACCAAGCUAACCUACCAGCAUUUCUGGAAGCAUUCAUAGCAUGUGCGCUUAAGAACCACAAGCACGCGGCAUCCGUCGAAAUGGCGGAAACUGCUGUAAAUGAUCGGCCUGCUGCUGCUGCUGCUUCCGCGCCAGGUGCGACGGGAGCAGGAGCAGCGCAGGCAGCGCCUCAGGAUGACCAAUCGCAAGGUGGCUCCUUAAAGCCGUGCUUUCUCUCGAAGCUUCAGCAAAGCACGCCGAAUUCUCCGUCUCUCUCCUCCCCCACAACGCUCCCUGCCCUCAAGCCUCAUGCUCCUCCUUUCUCUCCAACCCCAUCCUCCUCCUCUCCGCAAGUCCUAUCGUCGUCCCUCUCUUCCUCCGGCUCCUCCCCCCUCACCACGUCCUCCCGCGACUCUUUCUCCGCCACCCCCGGCAACUCCGCGCAGCUCGCGUCAUUCCGCGGUCGCUCCCCCUCCCCCACGCCCCCCGACCCGUCGCGCAUCUGCCUCAACCCAAACGCUGCGGCGUUCGUUCCGUGCUUUUCCGGCGCAGGCGGGAACGGCGGAAGCGACGGAAACGGCGGAACCGGCGCCGGCGCGGGUCCUGAGGGGGGUAGCGGAAGCGGGGAAGGCGGCGACGGCGGAGAAAGGGGAGCAGAUGUUCGCUCGGCGGAAGGGAAUAUGUAUGCGCAGGCAAAUGCGCACGGGGAGGGUUCCGCUAGCCGUGGAUUGUCAACAGAGGAAGCUAAUUACGAAGGUUCCUCGUUAGAUAGAAUUCCGUCUAACACCUCAGUUUCAUCUGAUGACGAGUAUCGCCGUUACGUUAGGGAUCAGCUUCCAGACGAGCUUAUUAGCUUCGACGAGCAGGAUACGCCGAACCUCAACGGCAGCCUUCUCCCUCCGGACCUAGACGGGCUAGGUUCGGCAGAUCCCGAACAUGGAGGCGGCAGGUCCGGGCCUGGGGGCGGACCUCGUCCCGGCGCCGAGCGCGGGGCAGCGGGAGACUUUAUGCAAAAUAAAUUGGGUAUGCGGGGAACUGGAGAGGGGCGGGGCUGGAAUCCGGACGCGCGGAGUUAUUUGGCGGAGCUUCCCCCUGACCAUCCCUUGCACCACGCCUCCCCGCAUCAGCACCAUCUCCCCCCGCACUUGCGCCAAGGCCCCGGUAGCGCUUCCGCCAGCCCCAUGUCCCACGCGCGGCAUUCCCUAGGCGGACCUCCCUCUUUCCCCGAGCAUGAGUUUGGGGGCGGCUCCCCCGCGUCCUUUCCGCGGAACCCUCCGCCGUCCAGUCCCGCCGCGGCUGCGCUUCUUGCGCGGCUGGACCUGGGCGGGGGCGGAGGCGGCGGAGCAGGCGGAGGACCGCUUCCGCCCACCGCGCAGCAGCUUGCGGAGCUGCUAGACGGUCCUGCUCCUGGACUUGGGGGACUUCCCCCUGGCGCAGGAUACCCCUUCGAUAACUAUCCCCCCCCGCAUUUCGAGCACUUGGGGGGAGGAAACCAUCCGCGCCCGUCCAACUCUCUCCCCGCUUCCCCCGCUCCCGCCGGUGCGCACCGCUUCAAUCCCGCUCUCCGCGGCAGCCCGCUCCAAUUCUCCCCCGCCCGCCACGGCCCGCCGCCUCCCCCGCAUCACAUGCUUCCGCCGUCGCAGCUGCUGGGCGGAAGAGGCGGAGCAGGGGAAGGGGGGCGGGGACUCCCGCCCGGAAUUUCGGAGUCGUCCAGGCGCGGGCAAUUUGGACCGCCGUUAGAUGGACCUGGGAGAAUGGACGGCCGGAUGGACGGCAGGAUGGAUGGCCGGAUGGACGGCAGGAUGGACGGCAGGAUGGACGGCAGAAUGGACGGCAGGAUGGACGGCAGGAUGGACGGCCGGAUGGACGGCAGGAUGGACGGUCGGAUGGACGGCAGGAUGGACGGCCGGAUGGACGGCAGGGGAGAUGGUCCGCCCAUGGGCCCCCCAGGUAGCCCCAUGCCCGGCCCCGGGGGACUUCCUCCCCCUAACGCGCUUUACCAAGGCCCCGGGGGAAGAGGCGGGCGCGGAGGCGGACCAUUGGGCCCCGGGGGAAUGGGCGGACCUGGCGGGCAUGGCGGAAGAUUCGCGCCUGGUCCGCCGUUCAGCCCGGAAGUAGGCCCGCGCUUGGGCUCUCCGCCGCCCCCCCACAUAAACCCCGGCAGGGGCGCGGGGGGCGGAGGCGGAGGGGGAAAUAUGGGCCCGCCAGGUCCCCCUAACAGCUUCUCCCCGUCUAGGUCCCCGCACCCGCGGUACUCCAGACCAGAUAGAAGGUUCCGCGGACCGUCCGCGGGGUGGAACCCUGGUCCGCUGGAUGAGCUAGAGGAGGGUCCCCCUGGCGCGGGGGGCCCAGGCGCGGAGUACAACGCGCAUGGGGGAUUUCCGCUGCAUGAUCCCCCUCCCCCGCCCCCCCAUGGCCUCCCCCCGCACGAGCUGGGGGGAUUCUACCUAGACGAGGGGAUGCCGCCCCCAGGCAUGCCCCCGCCCCCGCCGCCCCAUCAUCUCCCCCCCCACCACGCGCGCGCGCAUCCCCCGGGGCCUCCGCACGGGCACGCGCCUUCCCCCGGGGGGCAUCCGCGCGGGGGGGGUCCGCCCCCGCCCCCGCACCACGCGCUGGAGGAUCCGAUUCUGGUGCUGGCGGCGGAAUUCCCGGAUUUUUCCAUGCAGAGCCUGGCGGACGCGUUCUUCGCGCAUGGGGCGGACCUGGGGGCGACAAUUGAGGCUCUGUGGCAGCUGCAGGAAUAUGGGGACCCCUCGCCCCGCUUGCUAGUCCUUUCUCUAACCUUUGUUGCCUCCGUUCCUGCCUUCUUGCCUUCUUGCUUCCUUGCCUCUUUACCUCCCGCCUUGGCUUCCUACCACCAUGCACAGCAAUACCAAGAGGACGGGGACCCCUCGCUACACUCCGGCCCUACUCGCCCUUCCCAACGCUCCCCACCUCUCGGUUCCCUCUCUAACUUUGCCUCGCCUCCCCCUCCCCAUCACUACUCCUCUGCUGCUGCUGCCGCUGCUGCUGGUGGUAGAGCGGUUACUGCUACUCAUUCCGCCUCCUCCUCCCACCCUCACCGUUUCAGCGCCCACAUUUUGAACUCCCCUGGGGGUCCUGGUGGGGUUGGUGGUUCUGCUGCUUCGGAUGGAGGUCCGGACGGUGGUUUGGACCCGAGCCUCCUCUCCCGCUCCAUGCCGAACCUGAAACCGUUUGGCUCGGCCGGGCCUGGAGCUCCGGGGCUGGAUGAGAUGCAGUGGUGGGUUCGGCAGCAGCAGGGGGAGAAGGCAGGGGAGAAGCAGGGGUUUCAAGGCAACAGUGACGGAUAUGCGGGCUUGUAUGGUGCUGGUGGUGCUGGUGGUGUGGGUUCAGUGUGGGAUAUGAGUCCGUGCAAGCCCGGGGGGUUUGAGGGGAGGCGAGGGGAAUUCGAGGAGAAGCAACAGCAGCAGCAGCAGCAACAGCAGCAGCAGCAACAGCAGCAGCAUUUGCUUCGUGGGGAGGAGAUGUUUCAGUUUGAAAGGGCUGGUCUUGACGUGGUGGGUUCGAAGGAGGGUCCUCAUCCCCUCUCCCACACUCUACCUGCCCGCACAGCCUCACAACCACUCAACAAGUGGGCCCCUGAUGCCAACACCAACCCCGAUCCACCGUCAAGCUUCAACCCCAGGAGGAGCCUAGACGUUGACGCGCUCACAUAUGGCAUCAGGUGUGUGGGUUAG